AAGUGAAAUAAAAAACUCUUUCUCUCUCUCUUCGUAAAACAUUUCCGCAUUUUCUCUCUCUAGAAAUGGGAACAGCUGUUCUACGUUCCCACGAUUGCCUUCAAGGCCGGUUCCUUCCAAACGAUGCCUUAGCUAUCGCCACGUCACACGCCCGAUCUCGAAGAAAUUCUUACCCGAACCCUAAUUUCAAUUCCUCGCCCUCCCAUAACCGCCAUCGAAAGCGGAGUCCGAUCGCCGCCUUUCAGGCCAAUUAUCACGAUCGCGAUCGGAGACGGCCGGCCGAUAGAUCGGCUGUGAAAAGUCCGGCUGCCGCUAAUCUUGUCAUGGGACAAGUUAAGAUCCUCAAGAGAGGCGAGAAAUUGACCCUGGAGAAUGACGACCAAGUGCUCGCUGUUCCCUCGGAGAAUAGUAAUCUUAGGGUUAAUAGCGAGGUGGGCCUCGAUCUGUUAUUGGGCUCGACGGAUCGGUUGGGCCCGGAUCCGUUAACCUUGCAGAAACAGAUUAGGGUUUCGGAUUCAAAGGAAGGAAUCUAUGCCGGUUCGGCGUUCGUUGCGUCUCCGCAUCCGAGUUCCGUUCCGGUUCCUGGAUUUUUAGGGAGGAACGGCGCGGCCACCAGUGACUUGAGGCGGUUGCUGCGGCUUGAUAUGGAAUGAACGAUUUCGUUGUUUGGAGUCUGAGUACUUCUCUUACCUAGUAGAUGAUUAAUGGGUUUGCUCGAUUGGUCUCUGACGCGCUUCCUUUAUUUUUUCAAGAGGAUAGCCGUAGGGUACGAGCAAUUGAAGAAAUUACGAAGGCGAAGAUUGUAGGGAUGAAGAUUUGGUAUUCUGUUCCUGCAAGGGAGCAAACUUAGUUAGUUAGUUUAACUUUGUUGGAGACAAAAGGAUUGGGAUGGGAAUGGAUGUACUGUAUAUUUCCACAGUCUGAUAUACGUGAAUCUGUCUAGGUGAUGAAUGGUUUAGAUUGUGUAGGUGUUGUUUUCGCAUAGUAGAAGCAAGUUUGAUGUGUGUUGUGUCUUCUAGGCUGUGCUUGUACGCUGCUCGACUUCCUGUUAUCGUAACCUUGUAGUAGUGAAAUUUAUUAGUAUUACAAUGAAGUUUCUAGUAUUUGGUUCACUUUUUUUUGUGACUUAGUCAUUUUGAUUUUGAUUUCUCUUCUGCGUCACGCGUUUUAGACAUUUGAUUUUCAGCCUUUGUUGUCCCUUUACUGCGUGGGUUGGUGUUUUUCUAUUGAAAUCCGUGGUUAUGUCGUUUGCUGUUGAUGUAUUAUUAUCCUUUCAUGGAUCAUAUGUCAAAUUGAAAUGCAUGUGAACUGCUUGAAUAUUUCCAGGGGGGUUUCAAAUGCUGAAUGCACUGAUUUCUAGAUAUUAAUCGCAAGGUAUACUUAUUUUGGUUACGUGUUUGAUUCCGUGGAGUGAUUAGUGAGUUUUAACUGUCUGGUGUUUUUGGAGUAGUCAUAAGAUCUCUUUCAUGUUUAGUGUGGUGUUUUUAUUUCCCAAAUUGGCUUUUUAAAUUGAAUAUGCUGGAGCAGAAGUACUUGACCUGUUCGCUAGGGGACUCCUCUACUCUACCUCCUGUGAACCUUUAUCUAUUUUGAUCUCACAAGCAAAAAACAGUUUGGUUUCUCGUUUUAUUAUCCUCUAUUGUUCUUUCUGUUUUAAAUUCCUAUUUGAUCUUGUGCAUUGAGGGAAUUGAAUUCUGUAACAGUUAAUAGUUUUUAGAACUCCUGCUGUUUGUAGUUUUAGUUCCUUUCUGGAAACCGUAGUUGAAGUAUCGAGGUAUGCGUGUUUCUUCUUUCCUCUUCUCUGGCUAUUUUACUUGGGUGUGGGUAAUUUUGAUUCCUAGUUAGAGCAUGCAUUGUUUUUCAAUUGAUCUUUUCAAGGAGGUAGGGGCAUGGGAAACUAAAUUGGCCAUUAGCGGCCUGUUUAGUCUUUGACAUACUCUAUAACUUAAUGCUAGCAUUAGUCUUUGACAUACUCUAUAACUUAAUACUCUAUUGAUUUACAAAAAAAAAAAAAAAAAAAAAAAAAAAAAAAGGCCAUAGUUGUUCAGUGACUUUCUAAAUGGGUUUGGCAUUGAUGCAAACUGAACUUGGGUUAUUAGUGAAACUAAAUUUAAUAAUAUAAUUUGGGUCCAAUUUGUUGAUCAACGGGUAAGAAAGAAACGUGAGUAGUCUGGACUCGGUGUGCCUGCCAAAAAUCUUUCUGCAAAAGCUUUGAGAUAGCUGUUCGUAAAUUUUGUCUUCUCCCCAAAUUUGAUUCAAACAUCUGCCAUCCCAGUUGGAGCACAGCACAAGAGGUAUCGAGUUGGGCCACAGCAUCGUUAUCAUUUUAAAUGACAGCUUUGUUGUAUUUUUUUUUAAUACUUUUUAUUAAUUUAUUAAGUAAAUAUUCUCUUUGUUUAUUUUUGCUUUAACUAUUUUGUUUUGUUCAUUUUUUAUCGUUAUUUUGUAAAAUCAAUGCAUAAUUAAUACUUUCUUUUUUUAAUGGAAACUUUAUAACUUUUAUAAACUUUGAUUAAGUCUACAAAUAUAAUUAAAUUAACAAAAUUAUCUAUAUGAAAUGUUAAAUAUAAUUAAAUUGACAAUACUAAAUGCAAGACUACUAGUACUAAUAACUAUUGAUAUAACUAACGAGACACGAAUGCCAGAAUUAUUCAAAUAGAAAGUUUCUUGAAAUCACUUUUUAUUGGCAAUAAUGUUUUCGGAGUUGGUG